CUCAAGGUAAUCUCGGAAUACUGCCGUACACGUUUGCAAUCAAAACCAUUCACACACAUAGUCAUGGACAUGUAUAGAGAAGUAAUAAGAUCUGCCCAAUACGCGGCAAGAAAACGUGCUGCUUAUCAUCGACUCAACGCAAUACCUAAUUUAAAUAAUCCUGUAGAACGAACCAAUCAAAAUUAUCAGGGUCAACAACAACAGCAACACGAUCAUCAUCAUCAUCAUAAUCAUCAUCAUCGUCAUCAUCAUCAACAACAACAGCAACAGCAGCAGCAACAACAACAGGGUCAAGAUGAGCGAACGUCACAGAACGGACAAGUCGAACAACAGAAUUUAAAACAGCAUUCAAUGCAACGUUCUAACGAACAAUUUCAUCAGCAACAAAAGCAACAGCAACAAUUAAGGCAACAGGAAGUAAUAAAUCAGCAGAGUCAAGUAAAUAAGCAGCUAUUUCCAAAGAAUCAACAAGACCAGCAGCAUUCCCAUCAUAAUCCUAAUAUUAAUACUAAUCAUAAUCAUAAUCACAAUAAUCAUCAUCAUCAUCAUCAUCAUCAUCAUCAAAAGGGUGCACUUUUCAAAGCACAGUCGAGGAAUUCCCGUUCCCAUCCAAAUCUAACGAGUCUGUGUAACCAACAACAACAACAACAGCAACAUCAACACCAGGAACAUCAGAAACAACAGAGAAGAACGGAAAUGGCUUUGAGUAAUUGCAGAGCGCAAUUUCAAUCUCAGUUGGAUAUUCAGGCGAGUGGUAGUAGGCCUUCCCUUGCUUUACCAAACAGUCAUCAUCAUUUACAUUAUCAGCAGCAACAACAACAACAACAGCAACACAGUCACACGCGAGCCUAUUCUCAACCCGUUUCUACUCGGCUUCAACAGACAAAGAGUAGUGGCAAUCUGCACACCAUCUUCUCCGAGUGCACUCCCACGGGAAACCCCUACAACGAUCCAAUAUACGCCUUGCCUGUUAAACCAUUCCUUAGCUCGCAAGAUGUUCGUGUCAACGGAUUCUCAGCUAAGACACCGGCACCAGCUCGAAGAGACAACGUUUACACGUCUAACGCGACUACAACCACCAACAGUAAUCCCAAUGGCGACAUUUACGAAAGGACCAAUAAUAAAUCCUUGCAACGUCAGAAUUCGAAUCCCCAAAUUUCAAACAGGGAUCAUCAAACACAAUUACAACAGCAACAACAAUCAACGGAAUUUAAAAGACUAUCCCAACCGAAUAUCGUGAUGACGAGUGAUCAUCGAAUCCCAAAGAACGAGGAACAGAUGGUCCAACAACAAAAUCCAUUGUCUUCCAUAAAAAUGAGAGGAGGAGGAGGAGGAGGAACUCAAGGACCACCUAAACCACCCCGAAUAAUAACCACUUUAAGAAAACCACCAUUAUCCGAUAUGGAAAGUAAUCCAACGGAACCACCAGCCAAACCACCGAGAAAUAUAGUGAGAAAUGGACCGAGAGCUCGACGUGGUAAAGCAGUUCAAAGAGCACCAUCACGACUCUACCGAACCAUAGGCGGAGGACCAAUGAGGUCAUUUAAUAAGGCACAAUGCAUCGGACCGGAAUUUGUUGUACGUGCAAAUCAACCACCGAAAACGCUCUGCGUUGGACAAAUCAAAGGCGGCAAUUUGAGUCGAAUUGUUGUAAUAAUGUUAACAGGACAACGCAUGGAAGUAACUUGCGAUUCACAAAAGAUAACUGCUGGGGAUUUGUUUCAGGCAAUAGUGCAAGCUGAAAAUUUGGAAGAAAAUUUUACGUUAGGAUUGGCAGUUUUGUUGGCCGGUGAUUUCGCGAUUCUACCACCGGAAACGAAAUUGAACAAAGUAGCACCGCCUGGUUGGUUGAACAGUGGCAAAAGCAAAGGUUCCUUGGGACUUCCAACAAGUUUUAUGCUUUACCUGAGACUUCGUUUUUUCUUACCAUCGUUGCGUGGUAUCAGAAAUUGGAUAUCGAAACACUUGCUGUAUCUGCAAAUAAGGCGAUGCAUACUCGAGCAACAACUCGUAUGUUCCUAUUCUGAAUUAAUUUAUUUAACCGGAUUGGCACUGCAAGUCGAAUUUGGUAAUUACAAUGCGAACGAACACGGGUGCGGUGAUUACUUUUUGUUGGAACAUUACGUCCCAGAAUCAUUGAUAUUAAAUAUGGAUCAGCAUCAGUCUAACGUGAACGCUGAAGCUUUGCGCAUUCAAUUGCAACAGGCACACAGGGAUCGUCGUGGUUUGGAUUCGAACAAGGCCGAAGAGAUGUUCAUAACUCAUUCCCAAUCCUUACAGGAUUAUGGUUCCCAUUAUUACAUAGCAAGCGUUGAUUCUAAAGAACUCGACAAAGUUAUGACGCAACAAAAGAAAAGAAAAAUCAACGAGGAUAAACGUCGUCGCAGUUGCGAGGGUGCACAAACCGAAAAUAUUUACGGACAAGAGAAACCUACUACGACUACCACCACUACUACUACCACAACCACAACUACUACUACCACUACUACCUAUGGUAGAAUAGAAAAUCUACCUGAACAUUCCAAUGAAAUUCUUCAAUCCAAGAUGUUGCGUUACAACGAUGAACGCAGCAUUGCUGACGGUGGUAACGCCAAACCAAAUUCAACACAUUUCAACGUAAAUCCCGAACAACAGAUCUGUUCGAAUCAAACCAAUUGUAGAAUUUCAAGAAAAGAUACUUGCAUUAAUAAUAAUAUUAAUAAUAAUAAUAAUAAUAAUCAUCAUCAUAAUAAUAGUAAUGUUCAUAACAAUAGCAAGAAUAAAUUGUCGAAAAGUAAGAAGACUGAUAGCAAUGUCUGGUUAGCCAUUCAUGCUCAAGGUUUGAAACUGUUCGAAAGAGGCGGAGAACCUAGGGAAAGAAUGGAACUCGCUCAAUUUCAAUGGAGAGACAUUCAGACGUUGAGUUACAGUAAGAAUUGUCUGGUAGUCUACACUAAAUUAAAUGGGAAACGAUGCAAAUUCAAAUUACGAAUGGAUCACAGAAAGAGUUAUUUCGCGUUCAAGUUAACUUCCUUGCAUCAUCAAUUCUUCUUGAAACUACGUUCUGAACUUACAUCGUUGCAGGGACUUGCGAAAGAUUUUGGAAUUCCGAUGACAGUUGAGACAACAACGACUACGACUACAACGUCACCGUCAAAAUUGAAGAACACCGAUGGAAAGACUAAAAUAACUAUUGCCAAUACGGUUAAAAUACAUCCCAAGUUGAACAGUUAUCCGAUGCAAUUGGAGGAAUAUCAGAACAAGGAGAAUGAAAAUCCUCAGAAAGAAACCAAUGCGAUAGUUCAGAUUAACGAGAAUCAUGGAUUUUAUUCGUCAGAAGAGGACGCCCUUUAUGCACAAGUUAAUGUCAGAUUGGAGCCUGAAGGGGAGUCACGUGACACCGAAGAUGAGUCCGAGGGUGAUAUAAUUAAUCCGAACGAACCGAUUUCAUUGGAUAUCAAGGAAAGAGACGACAGGGGUGGUACAAUUUAUGCGUGUUCGAGAAUUCAAAUUGACACGGAGUGUGUCUACGCUUUGCCAAAAAUCAUGUCGACCAAUGACAUAGAUCAUUUGAACGAAAAAUCCGAAAACCCUGAGGAACUUUAUGCAGCUAUCAAUAAAGCUGGGUUAUCGAGAAAGAACAAUUUUCCGGUUCCCGAAGAAGUUUGGGAAGUUUCUGACGUAAAAAAGACAAUAAACAAAAUGAAAACGUCGAGUUUGCCGAAUUAUGGGACACCAAGGCAAAGUACGGGUUUUCGUACGCCAAGUUUACCACGUAGGUUGGGAGUAAAAAUGGGUACAAGAGCAAUUUACAGUAGUAUCGGUCAAAAAGAUCCCGGUCUUACAGAUGAUGCUGAAUCAGUAUCGUUGAAAUCUGACACGGAGUCAUCGAUAAGGUCGUUUUCUGCAAGAUCAACCGAGUCACCGUUACCUGAAGCUUACGUGCUCAAUGCUGAUAUAAGAACGGAUGACGAAACGUUUCACGUACCAGAAGAGGAAUCGAUAUCAGCUUCAUUGAUGGCACGUUUAGAAGAAUUGUCCUUCGCAGAGGAAAGGAUUCUUCAUACAAUUAAAUUGGAACGAGGACACGGUGGAAGUAUUGGUUUACAGGUGACCGAAGGUAACGAUGGUGGGGUAUACGUGCAAGCAGUUUCGGUUGGUGGUUCUGCUGAUAUGGCUGGAAAUGUGAACAAAGGUGAUCGGAUAGUAGCGAUUAACGGACAAAAUUUAUUGAAUCUUCGAUACGAGGAUGCACUUAAAAUGUUACAAAGUUCAUCCGAAACAGUUGAACUUGUCCUAUCUCAACCCGAUUCAAUAAAAAAGCUUGAUAAUCGUAACAUUGGUGUAGUUGAAAGCAAUUAUUUGCAUGACAUCAGAUUUGAUGCUUCAUCCGAAGCUGAGACGUCCAGCAUGACGAACAAAUUACUGAUUCAGAAAACAACUGAUGUUGCAUCGGUACAAAACACAUCUAGUGCAUAUAGUAGUGCUGCUUCAAGCGCUAUGGGUAACCACCAUGCUAACAGUUUGUACUUGGCCGAUCUUGUCGGUAACAACGCUCUCAAAUCAGCUAGUAUGCUUCUUAGUAUUGAAGAUUUUGAUGUUAGUAGAACAAGUCGUCAAGUGUUCAUAUAAUUAGGUGAGACACUCCCGACACCGCCACCCCCGCAUUUACCACCACCACCACCCCCGGUGCCACCCAGACGAAGAAAGAAAAAACUAAUA